GCAUCGUCAUUACCAUCAACAUCACCGUCACCGUCAUCGCCGCCAUCGACUGCAGAUCCGCCAUGACCCUCGUGCGCUCGCUGCCGUCCCUCGCCCGCUCGAGGUCGGCCCUCCGCCGCAUCGCGCUGCUCCCGACCCUCAGGCUGCCUGCGAUCUCGCCAUUUGAGUCUGCCGCUCGAUCGGCAUCGUCGCUCCCCUUCCCGAUAUCCGAGGAGCGGCUCGCUCCUUCGUUCUCCGUCUCCCACCCAUCUCAGCUACAUCUGUUCGACGAUUCGGGCGAUGCUCCUGCCACUCCGCCAGGUGACAGCGGCUCCGGCGCACCGGGCCAGCCUCGAAAUGGCGAUAAUGGCGACGACGGCGACGGCCACUCCGGCAAGGGCAAGAAGGGCUCGCGGCUAGCCAAGAAAAAGUCGUCAAAGUCCUCCGAGUCAGACCGAAAGCCGGCUGCCGCUUCGGCCUCACAAAAGGUGCGUUGGUUCGACACUGCACCCGAGUGCAUUGCAAUUCAUCUCGUAUGCCGAUGCCGGCAUCUCCGGGGAUGCCCGGUGCUCUCCACUGCCCCCACCCUCCCGGCGUCCGAUCUCGGCCCUUGCGCUGCUCGGAUCUCCCAGAUUGAGCAUCCACCAAGACUCUGACCCGCCCCGGUUUGGCCCCGGCUUGGCCAACCCCAUUCAGUCUGAACCAGAGCUGCCCGAGCAGGACGACGACGCCGACCAGGCCAAGAAGCUGCCCGAGU